AUGAUUAAUGCAUGCAAAACAGCUUCGGCAAGAAGAAUAACAGCGGUGAUUCCGUGUUUUCCGUACGCUCGACAGGAUAAAAAGGAUAAAUCACGGGCACCAAUUACGGCGAAAUUGGUGGCUAAUAUGUUGAUAGUAGCUGGAGCUAACCAUGUGAUUACAGUCGAUUUACAUGCAAGUCAGAUUCAGGGAUUUUUUAACGUUCCAGUAGACAAUUUGUACUGUGAGCCAUCGAUGUUGAAAUAUAUUAGGACGAAGAUACCGAAUUGGACCAAUGCAAUUAUUGUGUCACCUGAUGCCGGUGGAGCUAAGAGAGCAACCUCAAUCGCCGAUAGACUUAACCUCGACUUUGCUCUUAUUCACAAAGAACGCAAACGUGCCAAUGAAGUCUCCCGCAUGGUUCUGGUAGGCGAUGUUCGAGGAAAAGUUGCUAUUGUCGUUGAUGAUAUGGCCGAUACGUGUGGAACGCUAUCUUUGGCAGCGAAAACGUUGAAGGAGAAUGGUGCUACAAAAGUAUAUGCUAUCGUUGCACACGGUAUUUUAUCAGGGAAGGCUAUAGAUGUUAUUAAUAAUUCGGUAUUAGAGAAACUGGUAGUGACAAAUACAAUACCACACGAGGAUAAGAAGGCGAUCUGCGAGAAAAUUGAUACUAUAGAUAUUUCACCUACUUUGGCAGAAGCUAUACGGCGAACUCACAAUGGUGAAUCAGUCUCCUUCCUGUUUUCUCAUGCACCUGAAUAA